ACAACCGAAAGCAUUCCCACCGCUACGGGUCAAGUGAUCAUGAGCUGAGCCCACCACGUCCACCUCCUCCAGCUGUCAGAUCGAGACCAGGCAAGCGCCCACUAUCGUCGACAACGCCACUGCUGUGAGAAGAUGCCGGUUUACCGCAAGCGAACAUGGGCGCGAUAAGUAUGAGCGGCUGUGACAAUCACGAGGCUCUCUCCCGACCCCGAGCCGACAGAUCUCCGACUCACCAUGUCCAAGACACAUGUGACUGUGUUGGGGGCCGGCGUCGUCGGCCUCGCGUGCGCCCUCGAGCUCUCCGCCUUGUAUGAUGUGACGAUCGUUGCGCGCAACAUGCCCGGCGACCCGCUCGCCCCCGGAUGGGCGUCGCCGUUCGCGGGCGCCAACCUAGCGCCCGUGCAUCAGUUCGAGGAGGGCGUGACGGAGCAGCAUGUGCGCAUGCAGAAGCAGUGCUUCGACGAAUUUUUCAAGCUCGCCGACGCGUUUCCCGAGUCAAGUGCGCGGCGCACACCCGCCUACGAGUAUCAGGAGAAGUUGAAGAGCUGCAAGGAUGUAUGGUUCAACGUUCUUCCAAACUUUCGCGAGCUGACGGCAACCGAGCUCUCCGACGCCAACUGCACCGGCUCGGGCUGCUUCUACACGACGGUGAUGCUCACACCGGACGUCUUCUUGUCCUGGCUAAGGCGACGAUGCGAGGACGCGGGGGUGCAUUUUAUGCGAGCCGAAGUCGCCAGUCUGCGAGACGCGGCGGCGCUUGCCCCCUGCGAUGUCAUUGUGAACGCAAGCGCUCACGGAUCCCGCACCCUUGCAGAUGUGCAAGAUGCGGCGUGUGUUCCCGUCCGCGGACAGCUCAUGCUUUUCCGCACGCCGUGCGAGGACAUCCACAUCCGCUACGGCGCAGAUUGGACUGACUACACAUAUGUCCUGCCCCGGGGUGAUGGCACUGCGAUUAUGGGUGGGACGAAGGGGUUUUACGAUAUUGACCCGAAUGUACGUCCUGAGGAGGCAGCGGAUAUUCACCGACGCAACCGCCUCAUGCUGCCCAAAUAUGUUCCGCCGACGCUCGGGGAGAUCGACCUCGUUAAGCACCAAGUAGGCAUCCGACCUGAGCGCGAGGGCGGGCCACGCGUGGAAGGAGAGAUCCUCCCGUCUGGUCUGCGGGUCGUGCACACCUAUGGGCUCACAGGCGGCGGCUAUCUCUACUCUUUUGGAAUGGCGAAGGAGGUCAAGAAACUGGCGGAAGGGUUCGUUAACUCGGCCGCUGCUAGACUUUAGCUGGAUGAUUAUAUACGAAUAGGAUGGCCAGCAGGAAGCACCAUCCCGGGUAUGCAAGGCUC